CAUUGCUAUUGCGACUUUUUCACAUUGAUCUCAUUCCUGCAGGUGUGGUUUCAAUGUCCAAAAGUAUCCAAGAAAUGUCUAUUGAUGGUGAUGAACCACCAUCCCAGUACAUGGUACUCAAAGACUCCUUUGGGUCUGUGGACUCUUCUCCAGCAGAAAGCUUAUUUCCCAUCAUUGAUAUUGGCGUCUUGUCCUCCCCUCCAGCUUCCUGCUCUAAAACAGACAUAGAUAAUGAACUCGAGAAGCUAAGAUCAGCUCUCAGCUUUGUGGGUUGCUUCCAGGUAAUUGGCCAUGGGAUCUCAAACUUGUUGCUUGACAAGAUGCGCGAUGUUGCAAAGAAAUUCUUUGCGCUCCCAAUUGAAGAGAAGGAGAAAUAUGCCCGAGCCGUUAAUGAGUCUGAAGGUUAUGGAAGUGACAGAAUAGUUUCAGAAAAACAAGUUCUUGACUGGUUAUAUCGCUUAACACUUAAAGUCUUUCCAGAAGAUAAAAGAAGGCUAAAUCUUUGGCCAAGAGAUCCAAAUGAUUUCAGGGGCACUUUAGACGAGUUUGCGUCGAAGAUAAAGACUGUUAACAACAUUCUAUUUAAGGCAAUGGCGAGGUCACUUGAUUUGGAAGAGAAUAGCUUUCUAAACCAAUUUGGAGACCAAGCAAUGAUGCAAGCGAGAUUUAAUUUCUAUCCUCCUUGCUCUAGACCUGAUCUGGUUUUUGGUGUCAAACCUCACACAGACAGAUCAGGACUUACAGUUCUCCUACAAGAUGGAGAUGUGGAGGGUCUUCAAAUUUUAGUAGAUAGCAAAUGGGUCAGAGUUCCUGCUAUUCCUUAUGCUCUUGUGGUCAAUCUUGGUGAUCAGAUGCAGAUAAUGACAAACGGAAUAUUCAAGAGCCCAAUGCAUAGGGUGAUUACAAACUUAGAAAAAAUGAGGAUUUCUGUGGCAUUCUUUAAUGAACCAGACCCUGAAAGAGAAAUCGGAGCUGUGGAUAGCUUGGUGGAUGAGCACAGACCAAGGCUAUAUAGAAAUGUGAAGAAUUACGGUGCUAUCAACUAUGAAUGUUAUCAGAAAGGGAUGGUGGCGCUUGAUACAGUUAGAAUCUAAGUCCUCUUGCCCGUUAUUUUUCAUUUUGAUCGCCUGUAGUUCAAUAACAACUUUGUUGCUUCUCCACACUUUUCCAAGAUUUGUCUGUCAUAUGAAUCAGUGUUAUGUAAUGUUACUGCAAAUGCUUUGAGUUUAAUGAUAAUUCUCAGAAAUAAAUCUUACGUAUAAAU